UAGGGCGUGUCUUGGAAGAGAGGCCACAGCCGGCGAGCACCGCUGGGGCAUCUCGCUCACCUCCGGCAGCCGCACCUGCCUCCCCGCGAGAUGAUUGGGAUCCUGCUCGUGCUCCUCCUCCUCCCCUUUCUCCUGUACAUCGCUGCACCCCAAAUCAGGAAAAUGCUGUCCAGCGGGGUGUGUACAUCAACCAUCCAGCUUCCUGGGAAGGUCGCUGUGGUCACUGGAGCCAACACAGGCAUCGGGAAGGAGACAGCCAAAGAGCUAGCUCAAAGAGGAGCCCGUGUAUAUUUAGCUUGCCGGGAUGUGCAAAAGGGGGAGUUGGUGGCCAGAGAGAUCCAGAUCAUGACAGGGAACCAACAGGUGUUGGUGCGGAAACUGGACUUGGCUGAUACUAAAUCUAUUCGAGCCUUUGCUAAGGGCUUCUUAGCAGAGGAAGAGCAUCUCCACAUUUUGAUCAACAACGCAGGAGUGAUGAUGUGUCCCUACUCCAAGACAGCCGACGGCUUUGAGAUGCACAUGGGAGUCAACCACUUAGGUCACUUCCUCCUGACCCACCUGUUGCUAGAGAAGUUGAAGGAAUCAACCCCAUCAAGGGUAGUGAAUGUGUCUUCCUUAGCACAUCACCUGGGAAGGAUCCACUUCCAUAACCUGCAGGGUGAGAAGUUCUACCAUGCAGGUCUGGCCUACUGUCACAGCAAGUUAGCCAACAUCCUCUUUACCCAGGAACUGGCCCGGAGGCUAAAAGGCUGUGGCGUUACAACGUACUCUGUACACCCUGGCACAGUCCACUCUGAAUUGGUUCGGCACUCAUCCCUCAUGAGAUGGAUUUGGUGGCUUUUCUCCUUCUUCAUCAAGACCCCUCAGCAGGGAGCCCAGACCAGCCUGUACUGUGCCUUAACAGAAGGUCUUGAAGUUCUAAGUGGAAACCAUUUCAGUGACUGCCGUGUGGCAUGGGUCUCUGCGCAGGCUCGUAAUGAGACAGUAGCAAGGCGGCUGUGGGAUGUCAGCUGUGACCUGCUGGGCAUCCCUGUGGAUUGACAGGUGAUGGCAGUUGGACCCAAGAGAAGCCUGCAGUAGACUACUAAGUACUCCCUGCCAAAAUGAUUCUCCUUCAGGAUGGCCAAAACCUUGAGCACAAAGAAAGCAAACCUUCCAGCCUCACCUGCUUGAUGUCUGGUAACAGCCCCGUGUACACUGCCAGAUUCAUCUAAACACCUCGCAUUUGUCCAGAUUUAUUUUGCUCCUGUUACUGCCAGAGUUACUAGAGAUAAUAUAGGAUAAGUAGACCUUCAUAUGACCUCCAAGCUCAUAUCUUCCUUCUGAAGCCUACUACCUAGGAGAACCUAAGCUAUGGCAGGGGUUAAUUUCUGGCACUUUGGAUUAGUUUCUAUCCUCUUUGUCCACAAUGUAGUUCCUCCCAACCAAACAGCCUUCAAGGGGGCCAUCCUUUAGCCUUAGCUAAACUCCAGGAGUCACAGUGGCUUGGCUCAAGAGCAGGGCUUGUCCCUCACCUCUUAAGAAAACCAUCAUGGCACCAACGUCUGGAUUCUUUCAGGAAACUUCACUGAAUCUGGAUUGUGGCAUGGCUUUAUCUCUGACAACCUAAAGCCACUGCUGCUAAAACACUUUCACAUGCCUAGACCACAGAAGAGCUUCCUUUUCUAAGAAGUUGGUAGAGUUUACAGGAUGGCAGAAACUUGGGGAAAGGCAAAAAUAAAAAUCAAAUUUAAACUGUCAUUCAUUUUCCUGCUGUUUCUCAAAUCAGCAAGAGGGUAGUGAAAGAAGCAGCUUGAGAAGAUAGGCCACCUGACUUCAGUUACUGACCCUAGAUCCAUGGAGGCCUCCUUUUUGUGCCUUCGUUUCUCUUAGAAAACCAGAAGGGAAAGGCUAUUUAGUGAUUGUCCCUGAGUAUAUCUUUGUGUGUGUUCUUGUGUAUUUAUGCAGCUGGGAGUAUUCAAAAUAGCCACAAAGGAACAGUAUUAAACUGGACCCCUGUGCAGGUAAAUAAUCAGAGACAGAGCAGACCUGUGUCAUUCAGUCUUUGAUACAAUGGAAAAUGAACUCUGUAUAUGCUGAUAACUACCCACCAAGAAGCACAUGGGUGGCAGGGAAGAAGUCCAAAAAAGAGAAGAAUCCUGGAAGAUAAUGCAUGCAAAGGCAAUGAAGGGACUAGAAAAGGGUUUUAAAAAAAACCACACACACACUCACACAACAGCUAAAUAUGUUAGUAAUAUCCAGCAAUAGGAGAAUUGAGGGUGACCACCUGAGUUCAAGUAAGACGGGAAAGGCACUAUGUUAAGCACCAAUCAACCUAUGUGGUAGAAAAAAACCCAGACAAACAAAACCAAAAAAAAAACAAACAAAAAACCCCCAAUUAUUUAUUCAACAAAAUUGUCUUAAGGACUGAUAUCGGUAAUUAUAGUCAAUUUAAAAAUCUUUCAGGGCAUUUCCUUACAUUAUCUUGACAAGAUUAAAAUGUCUACUGUAUUUGCUAGAAAUCUACAGUUUAUUUGGAGAAUGUUUAUCAAAAGUAAUGCUGCCAAAGGAAGGCUGAGAAAUUGGUACUGUUCCAUCACUUGUUUGGAGUACAUUCUUCUAAUAGAGUUUGUGAUUUUCUUGGACUAACAAUUUACAUAUUCACUUUUGUGGAGAAAAGAGUUAUAGGACCACAGUCUUCUCAUAUUUGUAAAUAAUCUUUUGUUGAACUUGUUUUGACCAUUAGGAUAUAUAUUUAGACAUGGUCAUUUUAUGGAAAAAUUGGAAAACUUUUGAUAAUAGUGCAGAACUGAGUUAAUAUUUUACUUAAUUUAUAUUAACUGUCAAUGACAAAUUAAAAAAUUUGAUUAUUUAUGUUUUUAUUUACCAGAAUAAAAACUGUAACAAUUAAACAUUUAAUUUGAGUCAACAGAAGAAAACAAUUAAAUGAAACCUUAAUUAGAGUCAAAAGAAGAAAACACUUUUCAUUACUACGGUUAUGCAAUCAUUUCUUGUUCAUGAGGAUAAUUUGUCCCAUAGUUAGCCACAGUACAGUCUCAAUUCAAACUCCAUUAACUUGGGUUGUGUGAUAAUUUGACUAUUCAUUCACCCAUUUUCUACUAAUCUUUUAUGAUGCUGUUCAAAGAUCAUGUUUUCCAUCCCAGGCUAUUUGUUACCUCUCCUUUUUGUACUUGUCCCUUCUAUAACACAAUGCUAUGGGACCUACAGUACACUGCCACUAACAACCUGACUUUUCCCUCUCUCUCUAUGCUCAAUGAAUAUUAGUAAAUCAACAAAAGUUUGUUGAAUAAAUGGUCUUUGAACUCAGUCUAAUAAGGGUCCAGGAGAUAUAAAUCACCAAAUCAUUUCCCUCUGAACAGUCAUAUGUCUUUUAAUACGUGUGGGCAGUCUUAAGUAUUGGGCUGCCAAGCAAACAUUUCAGAACGGGCUCCAUAGGCACACCAUCAGUGAAAAUAGGAAUUUUCGUCCACUAAACCAUGAAAACCCACGGAGUGCAGGAAAAGACUUCGUAAUUGUUAACACAUUACAUACACUUACUGAGAAAGAGACCUGAUGAAGCCAGGUCCGCCUUGCUCACUACAUAUAAAUAAUACACAUAUAAAUUACAUAUAUACAUAUGUACACACACAUAUAUUACAUAUAUAAAUAAUACAUAAAUUACCCAAGGUCAGAGUGAAUCUUUUAUUCAAC